AACUCCAAUAUGGGGGAAAUGGCAGCAGUUCCUGCGAAACGACGAUAAUAAAACAGAGCUGUUUUGUCUACUGGCUAAGAAUCUUGUAUUACAUAGUCCUCCAGAGAAGACGGUCAUUGCUACUUUCUUGGACAAAUCAUUAAGCAGCACCGACAUCGACUUAACUUGCUUGUCGCCUUGUAAUCACGAAGAAGCGGAUACGAAAAUUUUUGUUCAUGUUAAGCAUGCAGCUGACUCUGGCCAUCGAAAAGUUGUUGUGAAAACGGUGGAUACCGACGUGGUUGUACUUGCAAUUUCUUUUUUGCAAUCCUUGCAUAUUGAAGAGCUGUGGGUCGAAUUUGGCGUAGGAAAGCACCGGCGUUGGCUUCCAAUUCACCAGUAUGCUACCAACCUCGGGGAAUCAAUCUGCGAAGGAUUGCGUUUUUGGUUUGCUUUAACUGGUUGUGAUACAGUUUCCGGUUUUGCUGGUAGAGGGAAAAAGAUUGCUUGGGCAGUAUGGAGGUCAUAUCCAGAAGCAAACGAGACAUUCAAAAGACACAUUUGGGGACAAUCCACUCUAAAUUGCCAAGUUCUUCCAAGUUAUGAAAGUUGGGGGUGGACGAGAAAGGGCAACGAAAUCAAGCCUUUAUGGAUGACAAUUCCAGAAGCAUCAAAGGCUUGUUACCUGCUCAUCAAGUGUAGUUGCAAGAAAGGUUGCAGUGCACGAUGCAACUGUCGUCAGCAUCAGCUAGAUUGCACAGAGCUCUGCCAGUGCAGUAGACAAUGCAGUGAUGAUUAAAUUACAUUAUCAUCUUUAAAGACUCAAAAACGAGAGUCGCAAAUCUUCUAGAUCAUGCAUUCUAAUUAAUAAUGUCAGGCAGCGCCAAUGAGCAAGAAAACGCUCUUGAUUUACUCUAGUAGUGAAAAUUGUAAAAACCAAUAAACACAUAUAUAAACACAAAAAACAUAUUUCCCUUUCCAAGCCAUCCAGGGAAAGAUUUCAGAAAAUUUAAUACCAAGCUACCAAACCGUUUGCCUGAAAUAUCGUUGUCGUAAAAAUUAUUUUGUAAUGAUUGAUUUAAGUUUCUUUAUUCUGCGCAUAAAACUAGGUAUCUGUGAAAAAAUCUUUACCGUUACUUGUAGUAGAGUUGUGAAAGGAUACCCCUUUAUGAGACAGGGUCUAAGUACUCUCAGUCCCAAAUAACAUUUUGGGGCAGUUUCGAGUUGAGGUUUGUGUCUCAAAAUAUUUAACUCGUCAAACUUCGUACCUGUAGAAAUUUUCAGCUCUUUGUUGUUAUCUGAAGUAGGAUUGUGGUGUAAACAUUUAGGGGACUGGGUUCAAGUACCCCAGUCUAAAAAUAGCAUUCAGGGGUAAAUUUGAGUUGGGGUCUGACCCUCAUCGUUUUCAGCACAUCAAACUAUGUAUCUCUACCAAGUUUUAGCUCUGUAUCUUAAUUUGGAGUUGAGUUAUGAUGAAUGCUCCUCAAAUGGACUGGGUCCGACUACCCCAUUCUAAAAAUAGCAUUCAGGGGUAAAUUUGAGUUGGGGUCUGACCCUCAUCGUUUUCAGCACAUCAAACUAUGUAUCUCUACCAAAUUUUAGCUCUGUAUCUUAAUUUGGAGUUGAGUUAUGAUGAAUGCUCCUCAAAUAGACUGGGUCCGAGUACCCCAGUCUAAAAAUAGCAUUCAGGGGUAAAUUUGAGUUGGGGUCUGACCCUCAUCGUUUUCAGCACA